AUGGUCAAACUAAGAUGCAAGGUCGGGAUUGUGGGAGACAGUACCGUUGGAAAGACCUCUCUCAUCAAAAUGUUCAAAGAACGAACCUUCCCAAAUCAAUAUUUAAUGACAAUUGGAUCGGAUCUGUAUACAAAAACAAUUGAUGUUCCAGUUGUUACGAAUGAUCAACAACAAGCAGAAAUAUCCAAAGAUCAUCAAGUGGAAUUGUAUUUGUUUGAUAUUAGUGGAUCGUCCAUUUAUGAGAGUUGUUAUAAUGAAUAUAUCGAUGGAAUCAACGCAUUCAUUAUAGUGUAUGAUAUUACAAAUCCCGAGACAUUUGGAAAUUUAAGCAAAUGGUACCGUCUUUGCAAGAGUGUCCGAACGAGCAACACAAGCAUGAAAAAACACGACAAAUCUCUCAUUGGUGUACUUGUAGGAAACAAGGUUGACAUGCAUACGUUGGAAAAAGUGACCCAAACACAAGGAGAAGAGUUUGCCAAAGAAUGCAACCUCGAUUUUUUCCUUACCUCCGCCAAUACAGAUGAUGGAAAUGUGGAACAACCAUUCCUUCAUAUCGCAGACACUUUUUACAAAUCUUACUUGGAAAGGAUUGAGGAAAUUAAAUACGUUUGUGAAAAUAAAAGAAGCAAAUAA